AUGACCAUAUUCCUGCCGUUGGAACCGGCCAAAACCCUACCGUCGUCGCCUCCAUUUCUGGUCGCUUCAUCGGAUCCCCGAACACAAACAGCGAAAGUGGUGAAAGCUAUACUGAAGGCUAAGCGAGUCGUGAUAAUAUGCGGAGCUGGAAUAUCGGUUAAAGCUGGCAUACCGGACUUUCGAUCUCCUGAUGGGUUGUUUCAGACGUUGAAGCGGGACAACCCCCGCGAGCAGCUAUCUUCCGGGAGAGAUCUUUUUGAUGCGUCUGUAUUCAACUCCGAACAAACAACCUCCCUAUUCUUCCAAAUGAUUGCCCGACUUUCAUCUCUCUCCAUGACCGCCGACCCGACCCCCUUUCACUAUCUGCUCCAUAGCCUCGAUGAUCGUGGCCGGCUGCUGCGCGUAUACACACAGAACAUAGACGCCAUUGAGCGCAAAGCCGGGCUGUCGUUCGGCGUCCCCGAAUCGUCUCCGAAGCCUCGGUCGAAGAGCAAGUCUUCGAUAGGCCCCUCUUCUGCUAGUGCGGUCACGCAGUCAGCGAGCAGGCUGCCCUCGCCGCCGCUCGAGAUCCCGCGGUGCAUCCCCCUCCACGGGACGCUUCAGACGGUGCACUGCCAGACGUGCACACAUAAAUACCCGCUGGAAGAGUAUUUACCGUCUCUAGAGUCUGGUCUGCCCCCGCAGUGCCCCGAGUGCACGUCGAUGGAGGAGACGCGGCAGGUCAUCGGUAAGCGCGCUCGAGGAAUCGGCAGACUUCGACCCAGCGUGGUGUUGUACAACGAGAUGCAUCAGGACGGCGAAGGCGUUGGUGAUGUUGUAGAGAAGGAUUUGAUGGGGUCGUCGAAAGGGAAAGGUAGAAGUGGUGCAGAUCUACUUCUCGUUGUCGGCACGAGUCUUCGCGUUCCUGGCACGAAAAGGAUGGUGCGCGAAUUUGCGAAAGCCGUUCACGCGCGAGGGGGUGCAUCACCCAAAGAGUCGUCUACCUCUUCACCCUCUUCAUCCCCUCGCCGCUCUCCCACUAACGAUGAAGACCCGCCCUUCAGAUCCAUCUACUUGAAUAUGGAUUUUCCCGUGCCGACUCGGGAAUGGGACGGCGUCUUCGAUGUCUGGUUGCAAGGAGACGCGCAGAUAUUUGCCGAGAUGAUGGAAGCUGAGAUCAAGAAGGAAGCGGAGGCCAAGCAGCAGGCUUUAGACCGCAAGAGGAAACGCGAAGAGGAAGCAGCAGCAGCAGCUGACCGCGAAUUCAACGCCGUCGCCGAUUGUAGUAUGAAGCAGACCCAGACCCAGACGCUUACACCACCAAAGAGCGCGAAGCGGAAGCACGCUCAGGAUGCCAAACUCGACGUUUCGCCCAAGCGACGGAUCGUGGUUACGAGUGGGUCGAAACGGUCGCAUAGUAGCUCGAGCCGAGAGUCGCAGUGUGAGGGCGAGAGCCCUGGGUCGGGCAUUAUCCUGCGUAUACCACCCCGGACGCGUUUAAUUCCUGAGGUCGUUAUAACGACCCUCCCACCUAAUGUAAAGAGGCAAAAGGCUCCGCGUGCGCCUCCCUCUCCCCCCCAAACGCCUCCCCGUACGGGGCGCGGUAAAAGCGCGACGCCCUCAUCCAAGUCAAAGGAUGUACGAACCUAUCCACUCGGCAAGCCCAACUCUCGCCGUAAAGACACUAAGCAGCAGCAGCCCUCACCUCGUGCUCCUGUCGCUCCCCAUCCGCCCAGAGAACCCGCCGUACCUCUUCCGACACAUCCUACACACAAUGCAAGCCAAAUGACCGAUUCCAUGGUACGGACGAUGCAGUAUGGACUACGCGGUUCGGCGCUCAGUUAA